AUGCAGAAGUAUUAUCCUAGCAUUAUUACGUUUAUUCCAAUUGUGAUUCCCCUGAUAUGCAGAGUUGACGCUUUGUCAGACCGUAUAAAACUACCACUUAUUUACAUGACUGUAGAUAACAAACUAGUUUUAUCACUCUGGGACUCUGGAUCCUCCAUCUCCUACAUUAGAGAAUCCACACUCCUACACUUGGGUAUCACGAACUACACCAAAAAUCGUAGUUCAGCAGCCACUGCUAACGGCACCAAAUUUCAUUUCCUCGGACACACGACACUGAAAGUCAAGCUAGCCGACUACGAAAUCGAUCACGAAUUCAUGAUCUCUAGAGAUUCUGAUUGCCCAUCUCCCGCCCUACUUGGAUUGGAUCUCAUGAAGACUUUGGACGAGCAUAACAUCACUGUUAGUCUACGACCAUCCAAGAACAGACUACUUAUAGGAGAGCAUUCACUACCUCUUAUUGAUAGGUCUAUGCUACCACGACUCUUUAAGAAUCCUGCCCGGAUCAUCAAUAUCAUCAAUACGGAAGACCGAAUCAUUCCACCCAAUGGAACAGUUUGCCUAACUCUAAAGAUUGAUGAACGCUUGAAGAGAAACGAGUGGGUAUGCAUCAAACCAACUGAGGAUCACGC